CCAGCGGAAGCGGGGCCGGGAGGAGGGACGGCAGCCAUGGCGAAACGGAAAGCCGAGGCCUCGAUCCCGGCGGAGGAAAGCGACCAGCUGCUCAUCCGGCCCCUAGGAGCUGGCCAAGAAGUAGGAAGAUCGUGCAUUAUUCUGGAGUUCAAAGGAAGGAAAAUAAUGCUUGAUUGCGGCAUCCAUCCUGGACUGGAAGGAAUGGAUGCUCUUCCUUACAUUGACUUGAUAGACCCUGCUGAGAUUGACCUCCUUCUGAUUAGCCAUUUCCAUUUAGAUCACUGUGGAGCUUUGCCAUGGUUUUUGCAGAAGACAAGUUUUAAAGGAAGGACGUUUAUGACUCAUGCCACAAAAGCUAUUUACAGAUGGCUUCUUUCAGACUAUGUCAAAGUCAGUAAUAUAUCAGCAGAUGACAUGCUGUAUACAGAAACAGACCUGGAAGAAAGCAUGGAUAAGAUUGAAACCAUCAACUUUCACGAAGUGAAGGAGGUGGCAGGCAUCAAGUUCUGGUGUUACCAUGCAGGCCACGUUCUGGGAGCAGCCAUGUUCAUGAUUGAAAUAGCUGGUGUGAAGCUUUUGUAUACAGGUGAUUUCUCAAGACAGGAAGACAGGCAUCUGAUGGCAGCCGAGAUUCCCAACAUUAAACCCGAUAUUCUUAUAAUUGAAUCCACCUACGGGACCCAUAUCCAUGAGAAAAGGGAAGAGCGAGAGGCCCGGUUCUGUAACACCGUUCAUGACAUUGUAAAUAGAGGAGGGAGAGGCCUCAUUCCUGUGUUUGCCCUGGGUCGGGCACAAGAGCUGCUUUUAAUUUUGGAUGAAUACUGGCAAAAUCAUCCUGAGCUCCACGACAUCCCCAUUUACUACGCCUCCUCUCUGGCUAAGAAGUGCAUGGCUGUUUAUCAGACAUACGUCAAUGCCAUGAAUGACAAAAUCCGCAAGCAAAUCAACAUCAACAAUCCAUUUGUUUUCAAGCACAUUAGCAAUCUGAAGAGUAUGGAUCAUUUUGAUGAUAUUGGCCCAAGCGUUGUGAUGGCUUCCCCAGGUAUGAUGCAGAGUGGUUUAUCCAGAGAGCUGUUUGAGAGCUGGUGCACAGAUAAGAGAAAUGGAGUAAUUAUAGCUGGGUACUGUGUUGAAGGAACGCUCGCUAAGCAUAUCAUGUCUGAACCUGAAGAGAUCACAACUAUGUCAGGGCAAAAACUUCCACUGAAGAUGUCUGUGGAUUACAUUUCUUUCUCUGCUCACACGGAUUACCAACAAACCAGUGAGUUUAUCCGGGCCUUGAAACCUCCACAUGUGAUUUUAGUUCACGGUGAGCAGAAUGAAAUGGCCAGAUUGAAGGCAGCACUGAUAAGGGAAUAUGAAGAUAACGACGAAGUUCACAUAGAAGUUCAUAAUCCUAGGAAUACUGAAGCUGUGACAUUAAACUUCAGAGGAGAAAAACUUGCAAAGGUGAUGGGAUCUUUGGCAGAUAAGAAGCCAGAGCAAGGACAGAGAAUUUCUGGAAUCCUGGUCAAAAGAAAUUUUAACUAUCACAUCCUUUCUCCUUGUGACCUCUCCAAUUACACAGACUUGGCUAUGAGCACUGUAACACAGACACUGGCUAUUCCCUAUACUGGACCUUUCAAUCUGCUCUUUUAUCAGCUGCAGAAGCUUACUGGUGAUGUAGAGGAAAUAGAAAUUCAACAAAAACCAGCCCUGAAGGUCUUCAAAAGUAUUACUGUAAUCCAGGAACCAGGCAUGGUGGUCCUUGAGUGGGUGGCAAAUCCUGCUAAUGAUAUGUAUGCAGACACCGUGACCACAGUGAUACUGGAAGUUCAGUCAAAUCCUAAAAUACAGAAAGCUGCAGUGCAGAAAGUUUCCACAAAAGUCGACAUGGAAGAGUAUCGCAAGAGAAUGGAGAUGAUGCUUCAGGAUAUGUUUGGAGAAGACUGUGUAAGUUCAAAAGAAGGCUCAAUUCUGUGUGUCACAGUAGAUGGCAAGACUGCAAACCUUUCACUGGAAACUCGGACAGCUGACUGUGAGCCAGGAAGUGAAGACGACGAAUCCCUGCGUGAAAUGGUGGAACUGGCUGCACAGAGGCUCUACGAUGCCCUCAGCCCAGUGUACUGCUGACCUCUGUAGAUACCUAGGACACAUACAGAAAGCUCUGAAUGUUCAAAUUUAUUUGGACUGGUUUUUUAAAGUAAAUAAAUUUUUUCAUCAGCAAGUCAAA